GAAUUGUAAUGAAAACCGCAUCAAAACGAGUAAAUUAAAUAUGCCUGCCAUAAAAAUGUUGAAGCGUUUAACAAGGGCUUUGCCAAAACCUGACGAAGACUUUCAGUUAUUGGAAAUAUCGUGGUAUGCUGCAUGCGAAACCCUUCGUAAUCAUCUUCCAACGUUUUCCUGAGAACAUGUUUACGUUUUGUUUCUCCAGACAUUUUCUCGAAUAAACAAAUUAUUUUUUCCUCGUUCGAGAUUGCAUCACUUCAAAAUAACCACUUUUUAAAUUGAAGAAUAUGUACCGCCAAAGAACCUAAGCACACUUUCCCAGAUGAAGGCGGGGGGGGCGCUUUGGUUGUGGGUUAAUUCGUAUUAUGUAGCAUAUGAUUCUCGUCACGUGCAAGUUAUAAAAAAAAACCAUCUUAGUAAAGGAAUAAUUAAAAUAAUGUCUUCACUGUUGGUAUAUUUUGAGAAGAGAAUUUUUAUCUCCUCGAAUCGAGUAGGGAUUCAAUACCAUUUCCGACGGUUUCUUACAAGAUAAUUGCAAAUACAAUUUUUUUAGACCAUGCAACCAUUCCUCUGGAUAGCGAUGGCGAGUAUGCUUUGGUACUAAAAUUUUGCGAAGUUUAUUUUACUCAACUAAAUAAAAAAAUAUUUUAUGUGGUCUUAAAUCGUCGUCAUGUUAUAAUGUCUGAAUUGGACAUAUUCGCUGAAGUGGGUCACGGCACUGCUCAUCAUGAAUACAUCUUUUCUACAGUUACCUUGGGUAAAGUACAAAGAGGAAGUAUCUAAUGUACGCAAUAACUUGGUACGUUUGGAUUUCAUGAAGAGUCCUUACCACAAUCCGAAAAUCAAUGUUUUCAUAUUAUUGAAAAGGGACGUUCAACCACGGCUAAAGUCUUUACAUAAAGACACUUUCUAUCCAGAUGUAGACGAUAGUGCUUCCAUUAGAGGUGCGAAUAAAAAGAAGGUCCUUAACGGCCAACAUAGAAAUUUAGUUUCCAAUGAAGAAGAUACCGAAACGGAUGAGUAUCCAAAGGAAUUACCAGUAGUGGAAAAUGAAGAAGAUAUUAACGAUGAAUUUCAUCAAUUACUUUCGAAAACAGAAAGUUAUCGUAAGCCAAGCUAUAAGGGUAAUGAGAAAGCCAGCAUAUCCACAUCCCAUUUUAAGUGUGUUGAAAACGUUACUUUGAGUAACAAUACACAAAGUUUUUUCCUAUCCCGUGCAAGCAACAAGCGAUUCGAAACUUUUGCAUGUUUGAUUACACUAUAA